AUGACUCGCAAGAAGACGAAGAUCGAGCUGAUCAGCAAUGCGUCGACCCGGCGUUCGACGCAGAAGAAGCGCGGCAACGGGCUGACGAAGAAGCUGAGCGAGCUCCUGACGCUGUGCGGCGUGGAGGGUUGCCUGAUCGUUUUCCCGGAGGGCGACAAGUCCCCGCCGCAGGCGUGGCCGUCGGAGGAUGCGGCGAGGAGCGUGAUCGAGCGGCUGAGGGCGAUGCCGGAGCUGGACCAGUUCCGCAAGAUGAUGGACGCCGAGGGCUUCGUCCGGGAGCUCAUCGGCAAGCUCCAGGACCAGCUGCGUAAGGCCGAGCGGGACAACCGCGAGCGCGAGACCAAGCUGCUCCUCCACGAGGUCAUCGCGGGCCGCCGGCCCGGGCCCGGAGGCCUGGCGGGCCUCACCAUCGAGCAGCUCGUCAGCGUGGGCUGGAUGUCGGAGAACCUCAUCAACAAGAUCAGGGACCGUCUGGCCUGCCAGUACGAGCAGCGCGGCAGCUUCCAGCAGCUGCCUUACGCAGGCGCGGCAGACUUGGAUCAGGCGCCGCUCCAGCAGCAGCAGCAGCAGCAGGGAUGGGUCAUGGAGGUGGUCAAGGCCGGGUGGGACCUCGACGCGCCCCCGGCUUACAGUACUGGCAGCGCCAGCGGAUCUGGCGGGAGCUAUGGUAGUACUGUCGGUGCCGGCGCCGGCGGUGAGGUGAUGAUGCCGCAGCAGUUCCCCGGUUUCGAUGCAGGGUUCCAGCAGUGGGCUGAUCCGGGUACUGGUAAUUUCCCACCCAUCCCAACACGGCAACACAGCCACGGAGGAGCUGACUCAGGAGAGCACAAGAAGCCGGCCGGCCGGCCGGCUAUCAAUAUAAGCCAAGAUCACAAGAAAUUGGAGAUCAAAGGUGAUCAAUUGAUCGAUAUGGCGGGGAAGUGGGGGCAGGACAACCCGUUCGAGGAGGUCGAGAUCGAGGUCAACCCUUUCUCGCACCCACGUCCAACUCCACUCCCUCCUGAACCAGCUGUUAACUUCUACAAUGACAUUGGUGCACCUGCAAAUAUGCCUCUUGAUACAAAAAAGGACCUGAAGAAAAAGGAGAAAGAACUUUUGGCUAAAGAAGCUGAGCUGAACAAGAGAGAACAGGAAAUAAAAAGAAGGGAAGAUGCUCUUGCAAGAGCCGGAGUUCUGAUAGAGCCUAAAAAUUGGCCUCCCUUCUUCCCUGUCAUACAUGUGGACAUUUCCAACGAUAUACCAGUGCACUUGCAGCGACUACAGUAUGUUGCAUUUGCAUCGCUCCUAGGUUUGAUCAUAUGCCUCUUCUGGAACUUCAUAUGUGUUACUGCUGUUUGGAUUUCAGGGGAUGAUGCAGGCCCUAAGAUCUGGUUUCUGGCCAUCAUAUAUUUCAUUACUGGAGUCCCUGGUGCCUACUUUUUAUGGUACCGACCUCUUUAUCGUGCCAUGAGGAAAGAGAGUGCUUUCAGAUAUGGAUGGUUCUUCAUGUUCUAUUUUUUUCACAUUUGUUUCUGCAUAUUCGCAGCUGUUGCACCAUCCAUUCUGUUUUUGGGACGGUCAUUGGCAGGAAUUUUUCAAGCACUCAGCGUAAUAGGGUACAGUGCUACGGUUGGGGUAUUCUACUUCCUGGGUUUCACCUUGUUCGUCCUGGAAUCUUUGCUGAGCGUAUGGGUCAUGCAGAAAGUAUACAGGUAUUUUCGAGGAAGUGGAAAGGAGGCGGAGAUGAGGCCUGAUGCUGCAUCGCGCCGUCCACAGUUUUGAGUUCCUCGUGUUUCCGAGCGGGAAGAAGAUAAUCUCAAGCAUGUUCGCUUGGAGUGUGACCGUCUGGAUGAACUAUAUAAGUCAUACUAUAUCGUAGUAUCAGGAUUCAUGUAGUGCAAGAAUUCAUGUACAUCCAAAAUUCCAGAUUAGAACUGGAGAAUGGCAAUUAGUUUUCUUAUCAUAUUGGUUUUUUAUUUGAAAAAGAGAGAAAUUCUUAAAGAGAAAAAAAUGUCCAAUCUGCGGCAUCGAUUAAAUUCAUCUGCGCCAGUCUUUGGACUUCUAUUUGUUGAGAUGCAUAUACAUGAAUUGGUUGGGAACUGGGAUGAACUUUGCAGCCGGUUUUGAGAAAAGGAGAGAAAGAUUUUUGUUCUUGUAUAAAAGGGAAAAUAAAAUAGGCCGUCGCUAUCAAGUUGGCGUGGAUGAGGCGGCAAAGAAAGUAAAGAAGCCCGUUCUUUCGAAGGCUGAUGCGUGUUUGACGGCGAUAAAAAGUAAACACGGCGGCCGGACAAAAUCCACGCGGAGUCCGCUAAAAUUUUCCAGGGUUUAUACUCAUUCUAUACUGCUCCCCGUUCUAGAUGAUGCAACUUCUCGCAACGACCAACUGUUUAAUUGGGGCUGCUGCUUUGUUCGUUUCUCUUUGCACCUGCCCCUCUUUGCUGACCCUGCUACGGGCAACGGGAAAACCAAGAAGAGAAAAAAAAAAGGGAAGGGUGAUCCAUGGCGGGGAGGUCGAGGUACAACGACAACCCUUUCGAGGAGGGCGGCGCCGAGGAGGUCAAUCCUUUCGCGG